CGCGCAGACUCACAAGGGCUCUUGUAAAGUGAGCGCCUUUGUGUCGCUUCUUAGCGGGACGUGACGUGAUUCUGGCUGUGUCGGUUACUUUGAAUUGUAAAGCUGCUGCAAAGCAUUCGUCAGAAAAAGAAAAACCUUGAUUAACUGGGCUUGCAGAACAGCUCGGUACCGGCAAAUGAAAUAAAAUGCCACGGGAAAUUAUCACGCUGCAGCUGGGGCAAUGCGGUAACCAGAUUGGCUUUGAGUUCUGGAAGCAGCUAUGUGCUGAGCAUGGCAUCAGCCCAGAGGGUAUAGUGGAAGAAUUUGCCACAGAAGGCACAGAUCGAAAAGAUGUCUUCUUCUAUCAGGCGGAUGAUGAACACUAUAUCCCACGAGCAGUGCUGUUGGAUUUGGAGCCCCGUGUCAUUCACUCCAUCCUGAACUCUCCCUAUGCCAACCUCUACAACCCAGAGAAUAUUUAUCUCUCUGAGCACGGUGGGGGUGCUGGCAACAACUGGGCCAGUGGAUUCUCCCAGGGUGAAAAAAUCCACGAAGAUAUAUUUGACAUCAUCGACAGAGAGGCAGAUGGAAGUGACAGUUUGGAGGGCUUUGUUCUGUGUCACUCUAUUGCUGGUGGGACUGGGUCGGGCCUGGGCUCUUAUCUGCUGGAGAGAUUAAAUGACAGGUACCCAAAGAAGUUGGUUCAGACCUAUUCAGUUUUUCCAAACCAGGAUGAAAUGAGUGAUGUUGUGGUCCAGCCAUACAACUCUCUAUUGACUUUGAAAAGGCUGACUCAGAAUGCAGACUGUGUGGUGGUGCUGGAUAACACAGCCCUGAAUCGGAUCGCCACAGACAGGCUUCACAUUCAGAACCCCUCCUUCUCUCAAAUUAACCAGCUGGUUUCCACCAUCAUGUCUGCCAGCACCACCACUCUGCGAUACCCUGGGUACAUGAACAAUGACCUGAUUGGACUGAUCGCGUCCCUGAUCCCCACCCCACGCCUUCACUUCCUCAUGACUGGCUACACGCCUCUCACCACGGACCAGUCGGUUGCCAGUAUCCGUAAAACCACAGUGCUGGAUGUAAUGAGGCGUCUGCUGCAGCCCAAGAAUGUCAUGGUCUCCACCGGCAGGGACAGACAGACCAACCACUGUUACAUUUCCAUCCUCAACAUCAUCCAGGGAGAGGUGGACCCGACUCAGGUCCACAAGAGCUUGCAGCGAAUCAGAGAGAGGAAGCUGGCCAACUUUAUCCCCUGGGGUCCUGCCAGUAUCCAGGUGGCUUUGUCGAGGAAAUCUCCGUAUUUGUCUUCUGCUCACCGUGUCAGUGGACUCAUGAUGGCGAACCACACCAGCAUCUCCUCUCUGUUUGACAGAACGUGCCGGCAGUACGACAAACUGAGGAAGCGAGAGGCUUUCCUGGAGCAGUUCAGGAAGGAGGACAUUUUCAAGGACAAUUUCGAUGAGUUGGACAACUCCCGGGAGGUCGUGCAGCAGCUGAUUGAUGAGUACAGCGCUGCCACACGCCCAGAUUACAUCUCGUGGGGUGCGCAGGGGCAGUGACCUCACCACCUCCAGGGGGCGCUCCAGGCAGGCAGGGGAACCAGUUCAGUGGAUGAACUGGAAACAACCCAUCCAGAAGAAUUAAAUUCAGUGUCCCAGUUUUGCAGUUUUAACUAGAAGAUCACCAUUAUUCACUUGCUUAGGGAUAAAUGUACAGUAUGUUGCCUGUUUUAUGUGUUGCUUUUUACUGAAGGAGAAAAAAGGACUUUCUUUUACCAGCUUUAUUAGGAAGCCACUCUAAUGUAAUGCGUUGUUUUGUUUUUGUAAUUUCUGGACUUUUUAGGUUAACCAGGGGGAUCUGGGAUUUCAGUUUUUGUUCAUCACAUUGUCUUGUCCCAAAAGAUAAGUUUGCAUUGCCUUAAAGGUGAAGUCUGUUUUCCAAUCCUAAAAUACUUUCAGUACCAUUUUAAUGCUGGCCGUAGGUGCCCUACUAGUGGUGGAUUACGUCUCUGUUACCCCCCCGUGUUGCACAUUGAGAUGGAUGGAGUUCUGAUUCGAAAGGGAGUCUGUCAGGCGAUGACUACUCUAUAGUGAACCUUAAACAUUUCAAACUGAAUACAAUGUUUUAGAAAUGAAAACAUUCAAGUGUGCAACAAAGCAGCAAGGAAAUAUGUACUCUAAUGUAAUAAAUUGUUUUUAAAACAUUUAACAUGCUUUAAGGUGAAUGUAAAAAAAAAACAUGUAAUAUUUAUUCAAGCAGGAAGUAAGUUGGUGUGUUUAAACUGAAGCUUGUUAGUAGAAGGUCCUACUUGGACGACUUGGUUUAAAAAAGAAAAGCUCUUCAGACAAGUGUUUGUUUAUUUUUUGGGGUUUGUUAUAUUUUUAAUCUUUGCCGUGACACUUAUGCAGGCAAUACUUUUUUUUUUACCAUUAUGCCUGUAUCAAAUGGUAUAACAUUUUCAUUAAAAGAAACUACGGAACUUAUUUGGAACAUC